UUAUUCUUUGCUUCCGCAAGUGGGAAACUGUUUGUUGUUGUUGCUGACGAGAGAGAGAAAGGGAAAUUGGAAGGGGUUGGGAAAGUGGAAAUCCCUAUGAGAAAUUAGAUUUCUGGGGUUUGACCAAAGUUUGGUGGUGACCCAGAUUUUGACUCGGGAUUUCAUGGGUUGAAAACAAAAAGGCAAAAAAAAAAAAAACAGUGAAUUGAUGGGGAGUUAUGGUGAAGAGCGUGAGGAUCAAUUUUAUGAUACCCGAGAGGACCUUUCUUCGGUUUCGGAUUGGGGUUCCGAUUGCUGUGAGGAGUUUAGUUCUGGUACUCCAGGUUUCUUAAGGUAUGAGGAGGUGUGGGCUAACAACUUGGAAAGUGUUCAUGAGCGCCGCCAUAAGUUCCUGCAGUGGAUGGGUGUAGAUUUGGUUUCGAAUUCGAUGAUGACAGAAGACUCAGAAGAUGUCUUUGUUGACAGAAUUAAAAUUAUUGAUAGAAUUAGGGAAGAUAGUGGGGUAAUGUUGAGAAGUUGGGGAUUGGAAGAGGCGUCUUGCUCAAGUCAGUCAACAGUGUCUUCUUUGUCAACUGAAGCUCGGGAAUCACUAGGAAAUGGUGCUUUGGAUGAUACACGUUCCACACGUGCAAUGAGGAAUUUGAACGGCGGAAUGACUGUCAUUGUAAGUGAAUUGGUUCAGGAUGGAAGGCUUGGCAGAUUAGGUCAAGCGGGGCUAAAUCAAUUGGUUAAUGGGGAAAUUCUUAGUGCACAGGCACCGUCUCCUUUGAUUCAGCAAUUAUUGCAGAGAGAAGUUGAUAACGCUAGGUUCUUUCUUGAUGCGAAGAAGAAAGUUAAAAGGGGAUGGUUAAGGAAAUUAGGAAAUGGGAUUUGCGUUGCUGAUAAACAUGAGGCUGAGGCUGCGUUGAGCCCCAUCAGUCUUAAAUCUGCGUCAGGGGUAGGGAUGCAAAGAGUCCAAGUUCAUCCAAGUAAAAAGCGGACCAAGGAAUUAUCCUCACUGUAUGCUGGGCAACACUUUUCGGCUCACGAGGGUUCAAUUUUGUCCAUGAAGUUCAGUCUUGAUGGGCAAUACUUGGCCAGUGCUGGUGAAGAUGGUGUCGUGAGAGUGUGGAAGGUGAUUGAGGAUGAGAGAUUCAACAAAUUUGAUAUUGCUUCUGAUCCUUCUUCUCUGUACUUCAAGAUGCAUCCAUUUUCCAAGUUAAACUCUCCCAAUGUGAAUAAAGAAAAACAGAGUAAGGCGCAGCAAUUGGGGGGAUCAUCAGAGUCAGCUUGUGUCGUUUUCCCUCCAAAGAUAUUUCGCUUAUUGGAGCAGCCUGUUCAUGAGUUCCGGGGACACAGAGGGGAGGUCUUGGAUCUCUCAUGGUCAAAGAAAGGGUUUCUGCUCUCAUCCUCUGUUGAUAAGACAGUCCGUUUAUGGCAAGUAGGAUGCGACAGAUGCCUGAGAGUCUUUUCUCACAGUAAUUUUGUGACAUGUGUUAAUUUCAACCCUCUGGAUGAUAAUUAUUUCAUCAGUGGUUCAAUAGACGGAAAAGUUCGCAUUUGGGAAAUUAUUCGUUGUCUGGUUGUUGACUAUAUUGAUGUUCGCGAGAUAGUCACUGCUGUAUCUUAUCGUCCUGACGGAAAGGGAGGAAUUGUGGGUUUGAUGACUGGAAAUUGCUGUGUCUAUAACAUCAUAGAUGACCAUCUGGAAUUGGAUGCUCAGAUAACCGUACACGGCAAAAAGAAGUCACCUGGAAAAAGGAUAACUGGCUUUCAGUUUUCUCCAAGCAACCCAAGCAAAGUUAUGGUGACGUCUGCUGAUUCAGUAGUCCGUAUAAUUUCUGGGAAAGAUAUCGUCUGCAAAUAUAGGGGUCUUCGAAAUGGAGGAAACCAUAUGUCCGCCUCUUUUACCUCAGACGGAAAGCACAUUGUCUCAGCAAGCGAUGAUUCAAAUGUACGCAUCUGGAACUGCAAUAGCCAGGACACGACAUCUUCGCGAUCGAGGAACAUAUGGUCUUGUGAGAGUUUCGUGUCCCACAACUCCAUGAUUGCUAUACCUUGGAAUGGUGUAAACAGCUUGCCGGGAACCCUUGCAUCCCCCAGAUUCAUUGGGGAUUUGCCUCGAAGCAGCCUUGAUUAUCCCUUAAAACAUCUCAAUUUGGAUGAGAAAGUAGAACAGAAGUCCUUGCCAAGGGGUACCGCGACUUGGCCCGAGGAGAAACUUGUAAACUCAAGUCCAGUACCCGUUUCCCCAAUGAUGUGCAGAUCCGAGUACAAGUUUUUGAAGAGUGCUUGCCAGAGUAUGUCUGGCUCAUCUCACAUGUGGGGCCUUGUGAUCGUCACCGCCAGCCUGGACGGACGGAUUAAAACAUACCACAAUUACGGGUUACCUAUUCGUCGUUAAGAUCCCUCAGGUGGCAUUUUUUCGGCGGUGGUUUUGCAUCCUUGCGAACACAGCUGGUAAUUGUUAAAUAACCCUUGGUGCUUGUCCAAUGCAGUAUUAUUGACAGUUUGCCAACGACAGCUCUAAGGUGGGUUUACCUAGUUUGUACCCCGGAAGAUUUCCAAAUGUUUUAUAGUCCAGUCAGGUCGUGACAGGUGGCGACUGUUUAUCCGAUUCAGCUGCAGUCCUGCCAGGUGGCUGGGGGAUUGGUUUUUUGUUUUUGUAUUGGAUCAUCUUGUACAAGUCAAUUAUAUGAUUCUUUAAUUUGUUGGUUUCUCAGCUCAAGAAAUUAUGUGUAUAAUUUAAGUGGCUGUAGGUCCUUAGGAAUUAGGAUAGAACCGAUAGAAUACAGAUACAAAUGUGUAUAAUUAUAAUUAUAAUUAUAUAUAUAUAUACAUAUAUACAGGUGUCUAGGGCAUCUUAUGAAAACCUGCAUUUGGAAAUAUUGGAUAUCUUCUUGACAUUUCAUUUAUCAAAAUUAAAUUUUUAGUGGUU